AUGGUAGAGGCAGCUCGAAAUCCAGAGCCAACUCAUCCUCUCCCCCUGCUUCCACGGCUGCAGCCACUUCUGCAGCCCAGGCCUUUGGAUCCUGGACUCUUGCAACGGCCGCUGAAAUGCCCUCUCUGCAGCUCCUUCGCCCGUUUGAGGUCUGUCGAUGGCCUCGCUGAACAAUUGUUACAUUCACAUGUGUCCGAGACUGAGCAGGCCAUGGAUGUCCUCACACUUCCCGUUUCCAGCAACUACCACAAAACGCCCUCUUCCUAUCCCUCUUCCGCAAUACAAGGGAGUCGGAGCAGUUACAGAGAACGUAAAGGAAAUCCAGACGUCCCUGGCCUUGAGAUACCAGUCUACAAGGGAAACCGAAUUAUUUUCUACCUGGUAGAUAGGACUGUCACUACAAAACCGCUCAACAAGUCCCCAUUCCCUAGUCAGCGUGGAGCGGGUCUGGGUUUCCCUGCGGCGGGGUACAGCGCCCCCGCGGGGCACUCGGGGACCGCUGCGGCGCCGUGCGUCCCGCGCCUGGCCCGGCGUGGCAGGACUUCUCCCGGCCGAGGAGACCCGUGCGCCGCGCUCACCUGCAGCCACCGCCGCGGGUACCGGGGAAGCGAGGCAGGGGCGCAGCCGCGCGGAUCUGUCUCCGUCGUCCGCCGCCUCGCCCCGCCGAGGACCGCAGCGCUCCUGGAGCACCGCUCCCGGGACGCGACGAAGAAGUCUGCGCCAACACCGUGUCCUGAGCCGCCGCCUUCAAGUCCCAUCCCAGAGCGCUCCCCGCGCUCGCUGGCUGCCUGCGAGGCUCUGGGCGAGGGCGGCGCGGGGAGGCGGUACCGCGCGAGGGUGGGGAGCGGGCGGGCGGAAGGAGGGGUGUCCUCUUUGCGGAUGGGAAGGCGGGGAGAGGCGGCGGCCAGAGCUGCCCCACCCUGCAGACAGCCCCCAGCCCGGGACCGUGGCCGCGCUCCCUGUCUGCUGCCAACCUCAUUCUCCCGGUGCGUCCUCAGCCCGCGUGGGAUGGAUAGGUCUCCAGAGCUAGGAGCAACUGGAGGCUUUAGGAGCUUGUCGGGCGGGCGGAAGGAGGUCCUGGUAACAGGAGACAUAGCAGGAGUACUAGAACCCGAAUUGGGGAUUAUUUUCUGCAGGAGGCAUCCAUCGACCACGAUGAUGAAGACAGAAGUGUAAAUACUUUUUGAGGACCUUCUAUUUGCCAGAUGUGUGCCGGGCACUGAGAGAAGUGUGAGCAUCAUACACCCAACUGGGGGCCACAGACACGAAAAUUAACAAUAACCAGAAUGUACUGUGUGCUUUGAUGGGGGACGCUGGGCAUGUUAUGGAUUUCACAGAACAAAUGCCUCCUGGAGCAGUGCUUCCGAAGACUUCCAAAAGGGCUGAGAAGAGCACUUGGUACAGUGCCUGGCAGACAGCAACCUCCACACGCCUGAUGAAGCGACUCCAGAGCAAGGAGGUGUAACACAGGAGAAGAGCUCACAGCUGACCACACGUGCGUGCGGCACCAAAGGCCCCGGGCCAGGCGACUCGGAAGCUGCUGUCCCAGCUUUUCAGUAAGUGGUUUAAAGUUAGUCACACACAGAAGAGAUCCUUAAGUAUCCUGUCACUCACUCCCAUAACCACCAACUCCUAAGUUCUCUCAAACCCUCCCCCAUUUCUCCCCCUGCUACUUCCCUAGAGCAGACCUGCCCCUCUAUUCUGGAAUUCACCUCCCAGCUCAGAGUUACCAGGGCCACACCAACUUCUCACAAUGGUCUUGGCCUUUUAAGUUAAAAGGGUGAGGGGUAGGGGUAGGGACGAAACAGCUCGCACUAACUAUUUAGAGGAGAAAAGAACCACUUAAAAAAGUCACUGGAAAUAAGACCUCCCUUUUACAUCAGAGUAUUUCACAGACCAGAGAUUUCAAAACCAAAAAAUUAUAGGACAUGGUUUUAAACCUCUAAACCCAGUGAUGUUUUCACUCCUCUAGUCCCACAUGUGAAGACUCUUGCUGCUUCCCAGGCCCUCUGGGUCAUUUAAACAGAUGUCCUUGAAUCUGGCUAAAACACAUCUGAAGCUUGUCCACUUGUCCAGCCAAUUAGUUAUGACUUUUCUGUAGAACAUACAAGAUGAAGACUUGUUUGUUUUAUGCUGCUGACCAUCUAGUUCUUGAGAAUGAAUGAACCUCAAGUCCAACUAAAGAUCUUUCUUGUUGCCAAUUUGAUUAUCCCCCCCCCCUUUCCUCCCUCUAUGGUUGAGAAAAAUGCACAGAACCUGGUCAGGAACUUGCCUGUCACAUGUCUAAUUUAUACUAAGAAAACCAGCUAGUAACUGGAGG